AUGAACGACGACGCAAGCCGAGCGCUCGCCAAUGUCCGCUCCACCGCAAUUGACGGCCGGCUGCACAACAUCUACUGGCGGCAAGACCAGCUGCGCAGUCUGCACAGCACGCUGGUGUCGCACGAGGCCGCUGUCCUGGAAGCAACGACCAAAGACUCAGGCAACACGCUCGCCGAGGCGAAGACCGAGUUCUACCUGGCCCUCGCCGCCGUAAAGCAGCACUUCUCCUCUCUGAACCCAGAGCACGAGCUCGAGCGCGAAUACUGCAUCGCCCACGGCAAGGACGCGGCCGACAAGCGCGACCCCGUGGGCAUCGUAUACAUCGAGCCGCAGUCGUCGCACACGCUCUUCUACUCCGUCAUCGUGCCCCUGGCUUCCGCCAUCACGGCGGGCAACUGCGUCGUCGUGCAGCUCGAGACAACACUCCAAUCGGUCCCGUCCAUCCUCCGGCAAAUCCUCACCGCAGCCCUCGACGCCGACGUCUUCGCCCUCGUUCCCACCCGGCCGCCUUCAUCCUUCUUCACCGCGCCGCCAAUUAACGUCAUCUCCGUGCUGCAGAAUGGCAGCAGCAGUGAGGAGAGCGGUGUUGCUCCCUCCACUUCCCUGAUCGCCUCGCCCACCUCGGCGCUCGCCGUCGCCAUCGUCGAACGCACUGCCGACCUGGGCGCCGCGGCCAAGGCGCUCGUGACGGCGCGCUUCGGCUUCGGUGGCAGAUCGCCGUACGCGCCCGACGUGGUGCUAGUCAACGAGUUCGCCAAGGAGGCGUUUCUGAAUGCUGUGGUGCAGGAGAGUAUCAGGUACAUGGCGGUGGGGGAGAAGAGCAACGGGACGGCGGCGAAUGGGAAGCUGGGUGGUGGUGGUGGUGGUGGGAGAAAGGGCGGCCAGCAGAGUACGGUGGAGGAGCUGAAGAACGAGGCGGGGGUGAGGGUUGUGACGGCGGGGUCGAACGGGGCGAUUUUGGACGUGGAGAAGAGGGAAUCGGCCGCAUUAGGCAGGAAGAUCGGCGAGCGCUGCCUGGUCGUGCAUGCUACCACCAGCCUGGACGACGGUAUCGACCUGACGAACAGUGCCAGGAUCGCCGCUGCCGCCGGCAAUUCUCCUCCCCUAAUCGCGACCUACUUCUUCGCCGACCCCGCCUCCUGCAAGUACAUGAGCCAGUUCACCGCCGCCCACCUCUCCUUCGCCAACCACUUCCCCCUCGACCUCCUCGUCGGCCCCGCCGCCCCCACCACCACGGCCCCCUUCGACACAUCAACCCGCUUCCCGCCCAACCUCUUCACCAUCCCCCGCCCUCAAUACGCCAAGCCCUCACCCCUAUCCGCGCGCCUAUCCGGCAUCCUGCAGGCAGCAUCCUCUAGCGUCUCUGGUGGCGGCGGCAACGGCGUCGAGGCGCUCCAGUCGCUGAAGCGGGAGGCGACGAGCGCGCUGCCGCCGGAUCGCCCGUACAAGAAGAACAUCGGCUUCUUCGAGCAGGGCAUCAUGCUCGGUCUGGGGAUGACGGCCGUGCCGCUGCUGUCGGGGUUGGGUCUUCUGGGGUGGUAUGGGACGAGGUCGGUGUUGGCGUAUUGGAGGGGGUGA